GUUUGUGUCCAUCUCCCUCCCCCAGCACUUCCCGGCCCCCGCGUCCGGCUAUUGUCCCCCCCCAUCCGGAGCCUGAUCUGGUCCCGGUGCCGGCAGGGAGGGACCGGGAUUUGGGGAGGAAGCGGGAAGGUUGGCCGGGGCCGGCAUGGCGGGCGGCUGGGCGACGGCGUUGGGGCUGGGGCUCUGCCUCACCGCGCUGCGCCGGGGAGGCUGCCACCCCCCCGGCGCAGCCCCGGCCCCCCAAACCGCAGCUGCGCUGCGGGACAAUUUCCGCCUGCAGCCGGGUGAUUUGGUGGCCACGGCGGGGCAAGCGUUGGAACUGGAUUGCGUCCCCCCCUCGGGGCACCCCGAACCCCGCGUCACCUGGAAGAAGGACGGGGUGACCUUGGACUUGACGAGUGACCGGUACUUGGUCACCAACGGGAAGCUGCGGGUGGCACCGGCGCGGCGCGGCGACUCCGGGAUCUACGUCUGCGUGGCGGCCAACGAGGCGGGCGAGAGGGAGAGCCGGGGCGCCCGCGUCUCCGUCCUGGAGAAGCCGACCAUCGUGCGGCGCCCGAGCGACGCCGUGGCGGUGGCCGGCAGCACCGUGGAGCUGGGCUGCGGCGCCCAAGGUGACCCAGCGCCGCGGGUGCAGUGGCACAAGGAACGCGGGGACCUGCCCUGGGGCAGGCACGAGGUGGACCGGGAGAACACGUUGCGCCUCUACGCCGUGACGGCCACCGACGCCGGCGCCUACGUGUGUACGGCACAGAGCCAGCUGGGCACCGCCGCCGCCACCGCCCGCCUCCGCGUGGAGGACCGCCUGCCAACGGGCCGGCAGGAGGCCGCGCCCCGGGACCUGCUGGCCAUGCGGCUGCACCUGGACAACGGCACCGCGCUGCCCGCCGCCGCCGCCGUCCGGCUCCGCUGGCGGGUGCUGACGCCGGCACCGGCGCCGGAGGGUUACAUGGUGCUGUACCGCUGCCUGCUCCCUGCCACCACCGCCUGGGUCCAGCACGACGCGGGCAGGGACCUCAGCACCGUCAUCCCCGCGCUCCGCAGGGGCUACAAGUAUGAGUUCAAGGUCCGACCUUACGCUGGAGGGACCCAGGGCUUGGACAGCAACAGCAGGCACCUCUGGAUACCCGAGGAAGGGGGCCUCAGCACCGCUGUCCCGGCAGUGCCAAGCGCGGCGCCCCAGCAAGUCACUGUGGGCCAGGCUGAGAUGGGGAACGGCACCGUGGUCGUGAGCUGGGAGCCACCUCCUCCUGAGGCCCACAACGGCAUCAUCCGGGGCUACAAGGUCUGGUCAAUGGGGGAGGGGUGGCAACGCCCCACCAACAGGACAGUGGACGGAGGCACCCACCACCUGGAAACCCUCCUCCCGAGCCCUGGGGCCGAAUUCUGCGUCCAGGUGGCAGCUUUCAACGGCGCGGGGCUGGGGGUCCCCAGCAAUGUCACCUGCAGCAUCCUGGGGCUGACAGCGGGGAGCACCAGGGUGGUGCAGGUGCUGCGGCAGCCCGCCGUCAUCGCAGCCGCCGGCUCGCUGCUCUGGCUGGCCUUGCUCGCCCUCCUCCUCCUCCUCUGCCAGCGCCGCGCCAGCCAGGACGCCGCGGCUCGCCACAGGCUGGUGGCCGGUGACUCGCCGUGGCUCGGUGGCCCCUGGAAACCUGGCUGUGCCCCCCCCAACCUCAGCAGCAGCAGCAGCCUCAGCAGCCGGCUCCUGGGCAGCGACGGCAGGGACCCCCACCCCUCCACCCUGUCCUUGGAGCCCUCGAGCCUCGGCCCCCCCACGCCCCCCAACCACAGCAGCCUCCACGGGGGGCACCCGCCGCCCCUUGGGGAUGCAGGGUGCUACGUCGGGGGGCACCCUGGGGUGCGCACCUCGCCCAGCACCCCCAACCCCGCACCCUGGGAGCGCGUCCGCAAGAGAGAGCUGCACCAAGUGCACAGCACCCCGCUGCUCGCCGGUGGCCCCGGCCACGUCCCCGGGAGCGAGUGGGGGACGGAUUUUGGGCUGGCGGCCGGGUGGCCUCAGCAAAGGGGACACGACGGUGACGCCGCCACCGCCGCGCCGGCCGCAGGGGACCCGUGGCAGCUGCCGGUCUUCAGCUCCCCCAAACCACGUCGGGGCAGCGCCUCACUGGCCGCCGGCGUCACCGGCUUACCGGUGACACCCCCGAGGCCACCCCACGCCUGGCACCCACCGGUGACGCGGUCCCCGGCCACUGCACGUCCCAGGGACACGUCCCCCAACACCAGGCGCCCCAAGGACGUGUCCCAAGUCACUGGGACCCCCAGGGACGCGUCCCCAGUCACCAGGCGCCCCAAGGACGUGUCCUCGCUCGCUGAGAUCCCCAGGGACAUGUCCCCAGCCACGAGACGCCCCAAGGACAUGGGCACCACGGUCGCUGGGAUUCCUAGGGACGUGUCUCCAGCCACCCGGCGCCCCAGGGACACAUCCUCGGUCACUGAGAGCCCCACACCAGCCGCCAGGCACCCCAGGGACAUGUCCCUGGUCACUGAGAACCCCAAGGACGUGUUCCUGGCCACCAGGCGCCCCAAGGAUGUGUCACCAGCUGCCAGGCACCCCAGGGUCAAGUCCCCAGUCACCAGAUGCCAUGAGGACACGUGCCCAGCCACCAGGCAGCCCAGGGAGCCAUCGCCAGCCACCAGGCACCAGAGGGACACAAUCUCAGUCACCAGGCAUCCUGAGGACACAUCCCCGGUCACCAGGUGCCCCAGGGACGUGUCCCCCGUCACCAGGCACCCCGAGGAGAUGUCGCCAGUCCCCGGGCACCACAGGGACACGUUCCUGGGCAGCAGGUACCCCAAGGACAUGUCCCCAGCCACCAGGCACCCUAGGGACCCAUCACCAGUGACCAAGCACCAGCGGGACAUGUCACCAGCCACCAGGCAGCCCGAGGACACGUCCUCAGCCAACGGACACCCGAGGGACAAGUCCCCAGUCACCAAGGUCCCCAAGGAGAAGUCUCCAGGCACUGCACACCGCGAGGACAAGUUUCUGUCCACCAGCAGGUACCCUGAGGACAUGUCACCGGUCACCAUGCACCCCAAGGACACAUCCCCAGACACCAGGCACCCAAGGGACACAUCCCCGGACACCAGACGCCCCGAUGAGAAGUCUCCAGCCCCUGGUCACCGCAGGGACGCUUUCCUGGGCAGCAGGUACCCCAAGGAUAUGUCCCUGGUCACCAGGCAUCGCAGGGACCCAUCACUGGUGACCAGACACCCAAGGGACAUGUUCCUGGCCACCAGGUACCCCAAUGACACAUCCCUUGCCACCAGGCACGCCAGGGACAGGUCCCCACGCCCUGGCCGCCUCUCACCGGUGCUCAGCGAUGGGGUCUUGACGCCUCAACGAGUGGCCGAGGACCUGGAGAUGGACCAGGACACCAUCUGCCCCAGCGCCCCAGUGCCGGCCAUGCCCCGGUCCUUCUCGCCGCCGCACACCUACGGCUACAUCUAUGGGCCACCAGCCUCCGAGCUGGGUGAGGAGGAGGAGGAGGAAGAGGAGGAGGAGGAAGAGCAGCCAGUGACGAGGGGCUCACCGGGGGGGUCGCUGCUGAACGGCUGGGGCUCUGUCUCAGAGGACAACUUCACCAGCGCCCGCUGCAGCCUGGUGAGCUCCUGCGAUGGCUCCUUCCUCCUGGACGCCAGCUUCGCCCGGGCGCUGGCGGUGGCCGUCGAUGGCCUCUGCUUCAGCCUCGAGGACACCGACGGGAGCUAUGGGGGUCCCUCACCACCACCAUCACCCUUGGAGGAGGUCUUCUCGCCCGGGGUCCCCAUCCCCACCUGGGACUGGGGGACGGCGCUGGGGGUGCCGCGGAGACCCAGGAUGGAAGCGGCUGUGGGCAUCCCACAGCACGGUGGCCACGGGAUGGGCAGCGGUGGCCCCUGGGCCAGGGCAGGUGGUGAGAUGGGGACAGGAGGGACAGAAGCGUGGCGUUCUCCGGGGCGUAGGAUGCGGCAAGGCCAGAGUCCCCUCAGCUCGGCUAAAAACCAGCUUUAUUAAGAAGUUCCCAAAAAAGGGGCUCUUUGCUAACAAAAGCCACCCACAAAGGGUGGGUGGCACCAAGGUGGGCAGAUGUCCCUCCUUCUCCAACAUCCUCAGCCUCCCCAAGUGUCCUCAUCCUUUCCCAGUGUCCCCAUCCCUCCCCAGAUUCCUCAUCCCUCCCCAGCAUCCUCACCCUCCUCAAGUGCCCUCGUCCCCUCCAAGUGUCCUUGUCCCUCCCCAGUGUCCUCCUCCUUCCCCAGCAUCCUCAUCCCCCAACCAUCCUCAUCCUUGCUCCGCCCAAGCACCGUUGUCCAUUCCAAGUGUCCCUGCCUUUCCCCAGGGUCAUUGUCCCCCUGCCUGUCCUCAUCCCCGCUGACGGUUCUCAUUCCUCCUGACUGUCCACAUCCUUCCUCGGCACCCUUGUCCCACCUCGACCGGCCUUGACCCCCCCGCCAAGUGUCCUCAUCCCUCACAAGCCACCUUGUCCUUCCUGCAUGUCUUUGUGCUCCCUCCAGGUGUCCUCAUCCCUCCUAUCCAUCCUCAUCCCCAGGGUUCUCAUCCCUCCUGAGCAUCCUCAUCAUUCCCCAACUGUCUUCACCCCCUCCCAAGGCUCCUCAUCCCUCCCCACCAUCCUCAUCCCCCUGCGACCAUCCUCCUCGUCCCUCCCUACUGUCCUUGUCCCUCCCAAGCAACCUCGUCUUACCCAAGUGUCCUCUUCCCCCCAGCGAUCCCCAACCACUUGGCGUCCUCGUCCUUCCCCAGUGUCCUCGUCCCCCCAAGCACCCUUGUCCCCCAAAGUUCCUUGUCCCUCCCCAGCACGCUCAUGCCUCUGCAGUGUCCUUGUCCUUGUUGCUCCCAUGCAUGCUCGUCCCACCAGCUGUCCUCAUCCCUUCCAACCACCCUCAUCCCUCCCAGCCAUCCUUGUCCCUCCCCAGUGUCCUCAUCCCUCCCAAUUGUCCUUGUCCCCAGGGUCCUCCUCCCUCCCUGAGCAUCCUUGUCCAUCCAGUGUCCUCCCAGUGUCCUCAUCCCUAGUGACCGUCCUUGGCUCCCUCAGGCAACCUCAUCCUUCGUCAAGCAUCCUCGUCCCUCCCAAUUGUCCUUGUCCCCGGGGACUUCAUCCUUCCUGAACACCCUUGUUCCUCCCCAGAGUCCUCGUCCCUCCCAACUGUCCUUGUCUCCACGGUCCUCCUCCCUCCCUGAGCACCCUCCGCAUCCCUCCCAAGCAUCCUUGUCCAUCCUGACUGUCCUUGACCCACCCCAGGUGUCCUUGUCCCCCCCUCGCGCUGCCACCCACCGGCUGCUGGCUCUGUGCAACCCUGUUUACGCGGUGCCCCUCAGAAAUUAAAGAGCAU